AUGUCCAACCACGGCAACCGAAAUUAUGAUGAUAAAAGCCCUAUCGCUCAACCGGAGCGCUGCUUGAGCUACACCGAGGAUGAUGUGGCCAUCACAGCCAACGGCCAUCGAGUCCGGGAGAUUAUCCCCAUGGCAUGCAGGCCCUGGACCGGUCAGAGUCAUUUCGAUACUUCGACCUCUAAGAUGGACAAUUAUCAUGACCACCGCAAUAUUCCCAACUACCAUGAUCACACGUGGCGCAAUAGGAGUGAGCAAGUCCACGAUGUCACAGAAAAGCCGGUGACUUCUCCUUCCAACGAAUUCAACUCCACACGCGAUCUUAAGCAUCGUGAUGAUGAUCAUUCACAUGGGUCUUCAUGUCAAUGCCGUGGUGAGAUGGACCGCAAUGAUGUGUCUGAUGAGAAGUUUGCCGGUGGUCGUAGUGUGCGGGAGUCUUUGCAUGAGAGCCUCGACACUUGCUUCGAUGGAUUGGGUGAGGAAUGGAGGAACGAGAAACGCAAGAAUUAUCACUAG